UUCGCUAUUAAACAAACAAAAACGUAAUCAAAGCGCUCAUUCAAUAAAGAACACCAAAAACAAAAAAAAAAGCAGAAGAUAAUCACAUUGUCUGAAGAUCUUCUCUUGUCCUAAAUCUCAAACUUUUACAAAUCGUUGAAUGGCAUCGAAUAAUCAACAAAGACAACAACAACAAGAUCGACCAUUACCAAAAUUUGGAGAAUGGGACGUGAACGAUCCAGCAUCAGCCGAAGGAUUCACCGUUAUAUUCGCUAAAGCUCGAGACGACAAGAAGACAAACGCUAGUGGUCGUGCUCCGUCCCAACGCCGUGAUAAUAACAAAGGACAAGACGAACCUACGAAGAAACGAUUCUGCUGCUUCUGAGGAACAUGAUCAAGAAAAGCCAACAUUUGUAAUAUCAAAUUGUUAGAUCAUUGAAAACAGUUUCAUAUACACUGAAUCUGUAUAAAGUGUGUAUCAUUACAGAAGCUAAGAAACAACUGUCGUUUCGUUUCGAUCUAAUUUCUGUUCACUUAGUACUUACAUUACACAAUAUCAACGUCUCUAAAGCCACGGUUUGGUGAAUCUUGAUCAGACCCAUUAUUGUCACUCGUCUUUUUCUUGAACGAUUUCUGGCUGAAAAUCCUAGAAACGGUUUUCUUAACCGGUCUUGAACCGCCGCCUUCAGACCGGUUAUGUUUCUUGUCUAGAUCAUUUGAUAGUUUCUUGACUAGCUCCACAAAAUGCCUUCUGAACGUUGGAUAUCUUGAUACUGAUUUGGUCAAUCCUUGAAGCCUUUUAAAACCAAAA